GUAUGUAAUUAAAGUUACUUUGUUAUUUAUUCAAAUUUAUUUACAAGAUUCCGUGAAAUACACUAAAAAUGUAUUAAAAAAUACCCUUAACAUGUUUUUGGUAUACUUUUUUAGUUGUGUGAUACUUUUAGUUUGUGCGUGUUACCUUUGGAUUCGUAAAAGAUUUCAGUAUUGGUCCGAUAAUGGGAUUCCCUGUCCAAAAAUUACAUUUCCUUUGGGCACUAUUCAAUCAGGAAAACACAGAGUUCACUCAUCACUUAGUACCUUAAAGCAUUAUCAGCAAUUUAAGAAAUUAUCCCCGAUUUGUGGCCAGUUCCUUACAAUUCAACCAGCGAUUCUUGCACUGGACAUUGACCUCAUCAAAAACAUCCUAAUAAAGGAUUUUGAGAAUUUCCAUGACCGUGGUAUAUACUUUAAUGAGUCUUUGGAUCCCUUAUCUGCCCAUUUAUUCAAUUUGGAAGGUAGACGCUGGAAAAAUUUGCGUUCCAAACUGACACCAACUUUUAGCUCGGGCAAAAUGAAAUUUAUGUUUUCUACGAUGGUCGUUGUCGGACUUCAACUUGUAAAAGUUCUAGAAAUGGAAUGCGAAAAAACUCCUGAGCUAGAAAUUAAAGAUCUUGUUUCUCGUUUCACUACGGACAUGAUAGGCACUUGUGCCUUUGGUUUGGAUUGUAAUAGUUUGAAGAAUCCAAACGUGGAAUUCCGGACGAUGGGAAAGAAAGUAUUUGAGCCACCAACCAAUAAUCGAAUAAAAAUGUUCCUUGCUUUAUCAUACGAGAGACUUGCGAAAAUUAUUGGAUACAGAUUAGUAAGAGAGGAAGUUACAAAAUUUUUCAUGGAUGUCGUUACAUCUACUGUUGAUCACAGGCAAAAAAAUAACGUUAAUAGGAAUGACUUCAUGGAUAUACUUCUUCGAUUAAAAAAUCAGAACGAUCAGCCCCUAACAUUGAAUGAACUAGCUGCUCAAGCAUUUGUCUUUUUUGUUGCAGGCUUCGAGACGUCUUCGACAGUUUUGUCAUUUACUUUAUUUGAAUUGGCACAAAAUCAAAAUAUACAAAAGAAGGCUCGUAAUGAUGUAAUUAAUGCAUUGGCUAACCAUAAUGAAGAAAUGACUUAUGAAGCUCUUAAUGACAUGACAUAUUUGGAUUUUUGUAUAGAUGAAUCUCUAAGAAAAUAUCCGCCAUUACCUUUGUUGGUUCGAAAAUGUACAAAAGAUUAUUACAUUGAAUCGAUUAAUUACACAAUGAAAAAAGGAAUGCCUGUAAUGAUACCGAUUUAUGCCAUUCAUCAUGAUCCAGAUUUUUAUGAAAAUCCCGAGUCUUUUAUUCCAGAAAGAUUUGAAACUGGAUCCAAAAACCAACGAGCGUUUAUGCCAUUCGGCGAAGGUCCUAGAUUUUGUAUUGGAAAUAGAUUUGGACUACAACAAACCAAGAUAGGUCUUGCUCUUUUGCUGAAGAAUUUUAAAUUUAGCCUCAGUGAGAAAACAAAAGUGCCAUUGUCUUUUUCAACUAAAAAAAUAAUUUUAUCUGUUGAUGGGAUAUGGUUGUCUUUUGAAAAAAAUUAGCGAAAAAAAAAUUUUCUGAGGAAAACAUAUCUGAAAAAAAGUGUUAAGGAUAUAUCAUAUGCAGCGUAAAUAUUUUUUAUGAAUCAUCAAUAAAAUAAAGAUAAUAUUGUAUGU